CAGGAACACCUCCCAACUGGGGAUGGAGGGGGACAGGGUGGUCCCCGGGCUGGGAGGGGAGGGGGGGCGGACUUUGAGGGACCCCUGUGGCUGGGUUUUGGGUCCCUGUGCCAUGCCACCGAGCCGUGUGUCCCCUAACCCUGUCACCGGGUGCUGGGUUUGGGGACACCCGCCCUGCCAGCUUGGGGACGCCCUGGCUGACAGUGGGCACUGCUCAGCUCCGUGCCUCAGUUUCCCUCUGUGCCCAACUCUGCCGGGCACCUGCUGGGAGCGAGGGCACCCGGGGGGGUGGGGACACCCCGGUCCCUGGGUCUGCGCCGCCAGGGCACCUUGGCACCCCCGGGAAGAGGAGGUGCCUCCGACUGUGCUGAACUGGCACGGGAUUACACUAAGCCGGAGGUAUCGCGGCCACCGGGGCUGGCACCGAGGGGACACCCUGAGGCCAUCGUGACUGGCACCGAGGGGUCAAUCUGGGGCCACCACCGCUGUCAACGAGGGGACAAGCUGGGACCACAGGGAUUGGCACCGAGGGCCCCUCUGUCACCAGGAUGCUCUCCACGGCGCAGCCGAGCCCGGAGCGGGUGCCCAGCCCGGAGGAGCAGGAGUGGGCAGGGCCCGAGGCGCUGUGCCCGGGCUGGCUGGAGGACGAGGCCCCCGAUGGCGAAGUGCCCGGGGACAGCGGGGACCCCGAGUGUGCCACCCACGCCUACGAGCGGCUCCAGAGCGCCCUGUGCCAGGAGGGGCUGCCUCCCACGCUGGACUGCUCCGCGGAGCCCCGCACGGGAUUUGGCCCGCUGGACAUCACCGUUUGCAUCCUGGGCUCCCCCACCGCCUUCCUGCCUGUCCUGCUGGAGGGUGGCACCCGCUGCCCAGGUGCCAUGGUGCUGUGUCUGUCCCCCACCUGGGCCAGCCGUGUGCCAUCGGAGGCGUCCCCGGGCGCCUGGUCCCUGCUGCUCUCCCGGGGCGUCUCCUUCAAGGUGGGGGGGCACAGCGCCCUGGAGACCUUCGUGCCCCCCCGCCGUGCCAACUACGUGACGGGCACCUUGGCGCCGGGGGACCCCGAGGGCGGCUGGGUGGGCGAGCUGGCCCGUGACCUCGACUGCCCCACGGGGGGCUCGGUGCUGCUCGCCCACCGGCUCGAGGACACGCUGGUCACCCGCUGGGUGCUGGCGGCUCGUGCCCACCUGCCCGUGCCCCCCACCCUGGCCUUUGUCCUGGGGGCCAGGGGGGACCUGCCCGCCGAGCCCAUGGCCCCCGGAUUGAGGCUGGUGCGGCUGGAGGACCCCCAGGGCCAGCAGAGCCUGGUACAGGAGGAGGUGGGCGCCUUCCUGGGGGGCACUGCCAUGGAGCCCUACAGCCAGGUGGUGGUGCGGCCGGCGGGGUGGCGGUGGCGGGGGACAGGCACCCGCAGCACCCACAGGAAGGAGGAGGGGGCGGCGGUGGUGCAGGCGGUGGGUGCCUGGCUCCGGGGGCUGACGGAGGAGGACAGCGUCCUGCUGGAGGCCAUGGUGCCCACCGCCCGCCUGCCCGUGCCCCCCCCACGCAGCCCAGCCCCGCGGCUGCCCAUGGCCCUGCGCAUCUGCACCCUCGUCUGCAGGUCCUGGGGGGACCGACCCCAGCUCUGCCAGGUGGCCUGCGCCGUGGGACGCGCGGAGAGCCCGGUGCGUCACGGCACGGUGCUGCCCCAGGGCCUGGACUCCAGCCUGCGGCAGUGGGGGGUGGUGGCCCUCAGCCAGCGGCAGGCGCUGGCCACGCGGCUGCGGGAGGCCACCGAGGCCGCCAUGGCCGCUCUCCUGGCCACCGAGGCCGAGCUGAGCCCGCAGCAGCGCGGUGGCACCCGCGCCCACACCGACAUCCUCGGCGUGGACUUCCUGCUGGCGUGCGUGGACGACGCGCUGGAGCUGGUGGCCCUGGCCACCAACAGCCAGCGGUGCCUGGAGACCUGCGUGCUGGCCGAGGCCAUGGGGCGCGGUGUGGGCGAGCCCCGCGGGGACCUGCCGCGGCUGCUGGCCGAGGCCAUGCUGCACCGGGCGCAGUGUCACCUGGUCGAGGGCAAGGACAUCCUGCUCAUCGGGGCCGGGGGCGUCAGCAAGAGCUUCGUGUGGGAGGCGGCCCGUGACUACGGGCUGAGGAUCCACCUGGUGGAGUCGGACCCGGAGCACUUCGCGGCGGGGCUGGUGCAGACCUUCCUGCCCUACGACAGCCGGGAGCACCGGCGGGACGAGGAGCACGCGGAGCGGGUGCUGGAGCUGCUGCGCUCCCGGGGGCUGCGGCCCCACGCCUGCCUCUCCUACUGGGACGACUGCGUGGUGCUGGCGGCCCUGGUGUGCCAGGGGCUGGGGCUCCGCGGCCCCGCGCCCGCCGCCGUCCGGGUGGCCAAGCAGAAGAGCCGCACGCACCGGCACCUGCAGCGCUGCCGCCGCGGCCGCCCGCCGCCCGCCGCCUUCGCCGUGCCCUGCCGCCGCCUGCAGAGCCACGGCGACGUGGAGCGGGCGGCGGGCGCCGUGCCCUUCCCCGCCGUGGCCAAGCUGGAGUUCGGCGCGGGCGGCGUGGGCGUGCGGCUGGUGGAGAACGCCGGGCAGUGCCACGCUCACGCCGCCCGGCUCUGGAGGGACCUCCGCGACGACGCCGACCACCCGGGCAUCGGGCUGGGCUGGGGCAACGCCAUGCUGCUCAUGGAGUACGUGCCGGGCACCGAGCACGACGUGGACCUGGUGGUCUUCGAGGGGCGGCUGCUGGGCGCGUGGGUGUCGGACAACGGCCCCACGCGUGUCCCCGCCUUCCUGGAGACGGCGGCCUGCCUGCCCUCCUGCCUGCCCGCCGACCGGCAGGCGCAGCUGGUGCGGGCGGCGCUGGAAUGCUGCCGGGCGUGCGGGCUGCGCGACGGCGUCUUCAACGUGGAGCUCAAGCUGGGGCCGGCGGGCCCGCGCCUGCUGGAGAUCAACCCCCGCAUGGGGGGCUUCUACCUGCGCGACUGGAUCCGCGAGGUCUACGGCCCCGACCUGCUGCUGGCCGCCGUGCUGGUGGCGCUGGGCGUGCCGCCGGUGCUGCCCGCCCGGCCCGCGCCCCGCACGCACCUGGCCGGGGUGAUGUGCCUGGGAUCGGAGCACGGCGAGACCCUGGCGGCCGGCGGGGGCAUGGAGGCUCUGAGGGAGCUGCACGGCCGCGGGCUCGUCCGCCUCAACCGGCUCUUCGAGGAGCCCGAGGGGGCCGGCGAGUACGAGGAGCCGCUGCUGAGCGUGGCGUGCGCCGGGGCCACGCUGGCCGAGGCCUGCGAGCGCCUGCUGGGGCUCUGCCAGGGGCUGGGCAUCGACUCCCCGAGAUACCCCGUGGAGCAUUUCUUGUCCCACUUCAAAUAGCGCCGGGCAGGCAGCGGGGAGAGCGGGGGAAUGGGUGCCCCGGCAGCCCCCGGCACCCCCUCCCGCUGCCCCGCCGCCCCUCCCCGGCAUCCCCGUGGCACCCCGUCCCGCUGUGGCCUGGCGCAUCAUCCCCUGGCACCCCCGUACCGCCCCGGAUCCCACUCACCUGCCCUGCCAUCCCUCUGCCUGGCAUUCCCCUUCAUCCUGGCAUCCCAUCCCCUGGCAUCCCCUCACUCCCCUGGCAGCUCAGUCCCUGGCAUCCUGACACGCCAUCCACUGGGAUCCUCCUGUCCCCUGGAGUUUGGAGGGUGGCAUCCCCCCACUCUGCUGGUGUCCCAUCCCCUGGCAUCCUGAAAUCCCAUGUCCUGGCAUCCCCCCACUACUCUGACACCCCAAUCCCUGACAUCCCCCGUGUCCUGGCACCCCUCCAUCACACUGACACCCCUUCCCCGAGAUUCGCCCUCUCCCAGUCCAGGCACCCCGUCCCCUGGCAUUCCCCCAUUACCCCGGCACCCCAUCCCCCUGCCCUAGCACCCCAUCCCCUGCUUCCCAACAUUCCCCCCUUUCUGCCCUGUCCCUCCCUGUCCCCCCUGCCCUGUCCCUGCAUGCCUGGGACACACAGGGGGGGACACUGACCCCUGGCUGUCCCCCUGCCAUCCCCAGGGUGGGGGGCAGCCAGGAGCCCCCCUGAGGAACCUGGGCCACCCCACGAGAGCAGCAGGUGAAGCUUGAGGUGUGUUGGCACCUGCUGGCAUGGGGAGGCCCUACAAUAACAAACCAUUAUGGGGAGACCUCAUAAUGACACAGAAUUACUGGGAGACCCCAUAAUAACAGAAACAUGGGGAGACCCCACAGUAACAGACUGAGGUGGGGAGACCCUUGAAGGGGAGACCCUACAAUAACAAACUGGCAUGGGGAGAACCCACAGCAACAAACCAGUGUGGGGAGACCCUACAGCAGCAUAAAUUGAAUGGGAGACCCCACAAUAACAAACUGGCACGGGGAGACCCUAGAGUAAUAGACCUACACAGGGAGACCCUACAAUAACUAAGGGGUACCCAGGGAUUCCCUGGAGCAGCUUGGAAAACCCUCUGGGGAAAGACUUGUGUGGGGAACCCAUGUGAUAUAGGGCUGUCACUGGGGAGACCCUACAGUAACACCGCUAAUGCCCAGCCCCUGUAAUGUCCGAGAUCCUACAAUAACACCUGAGACCCUACAAUAACACAGAGCCCCCGUAGUGCCCCUGACCCUACAAUAACAGCAGUGACCCUGCAACAACACAGAGCCCCUGUAGUGCCUGAGAUCCUACAAUAACACACAGCCACCGUAGUGCCCGAAACCCUCCAAUAACCCCCAGGCCCUGUAGUGCUCCUGACCCUACAAUAACACCAGUGACCCUACAAUAACACCAGAGACCCUACAGUAACACACAGCCCCCACAACCCCACAGUAACGGCAGUGAGCCCACAAUAACCCCGAUGACCCCACAAUAACCCCAGAGCCCCGCAGCCCCACUCGUGCCCUCCAGCCGCGCGGGAAGCCCGAGCGGGAUCUCCGCGUGGGGUCACCGGGAUGUCCCCCUCUCUUCCUGCCCCCUCCUCUGACGUCACGCCGGCGCCGCUGACGUCAGCGCGGCGCAGCGGGGGCGGGGCGGGGCCGGGGACCCCAGUAAAGGCUGUGAGCGGC